AUGUCAUUUGAAACGAGCAAGGCUCUCGUUGAGAAAUUGAUAUGCAUUUUGCGAGGAGAAUCCCAACCUGAUCUAGAUAUGCCUGUGGAGAGGAUCUUAGUUGAUCUGUGGAGACAAAUGCGAUCUAUUGACUCAAGCGCAACCGAGGACCUUUUGCUUGCGACUUGCUCCCUGUGGAGCGCUCAAGGCAGUGACGCACGGAGGGAGUUCAAAGACCUAGGCAGUUACAUCGACUAUAGGAUCUGUGAUGGAGGUUCAGUGAUUGUGAGUCCUUUGACACGCUUUGCAAUGGGCCUUCGCUUGACCAACGACGACAUCGAGGCGGUGAAGGAAAUCACCAUGAACAUGGCGAGGCAAAUCCCUCUCCUGAACGAUAUUUGCAGCUGGGAGAAGGAGUUAAAGAAAGCUAGAGAGUCAAAGGCGGAUGGAGCUCAACUUUGUUCCGCUGUAAAGAUUAUUGCGGAUACCCUGAAGAUAGACGCAGCGGCAGCUCAGCGCCUUCUCUGGCAUAUGUGUCGCGAGCUCGAGGCCCGGCAUGUUCAGCUUGCGGGUGAGAUUUUGGCUGUCUACCCUCACCUAUCCAGCUAUUGCAGAGCCAUUGGUUAUCCCAUGAGCGGGCAAGAAGUUUGGGCUUUGCAAAGUGAGCGCUUCAACUAUGCUCGCUCUCUGGGAAUUAUGCAUCCCUUCAGUGAGGGGUGA